AUGGAGAAAAAUGCUCUUCUUAACUUCAAAGAAAGUCUCACAGAUCCAUCAAAUCGCCUCUCUUCAUGGGUUGGUGAAGAUUGCUGUAAAUGGAUAGGUGCUGGAUGUGACAACACUACAUCACAUGUUGUCAAGCUUGAUCUCUACAACCCACUUCCGAGAGAAACUUACAAUUGCAAGUCGUGCUUGGGGGGUAAGAUAAGUCCUUCUUUACUCAAUUUAACGCAUUUGAGUUACCUGGACCUAAGCCUGAACAAUUUUGAAGGUCAGUUACCAGCUAGUCUGGGACAUCUGACCAACUUGAGCACAUUGGUUUUAUCUGUAAACAAUAUUACUGGUGAAAUACCAAGCUCAUUUGCCAACCUUUGCAACUUGCAAACUUUUAUACUGAUGGCCAAUGGCAUAAGUGGGGAGAUAACUCAGUUUGUAGAUGGUUUAUCUCAAUGUUCCAACAACAGCCUUGAAUUGCUGGAUUUGAGUGGUAAUAAAUUGCUUGGGGGCAACUUGCCUUACUCACUGGGGGCACUCAAGAACUUGAAAAACUUAGAUCUUUCAAGUUGUUCCUUUUGGGGUUCAAUUCCAGAUUCUAUUGGGAACAUGUCUUCCUUACAAUUACUUGCCCUUACCGCAAAUAAAAUGAACGGAAGCAUUCCAAGCAGCAUGGGGAAACUAUCAACGCUGGAAAAGUUGGCUCUUGGUGGAGGGAAUUCUUGGGAAGGUGUCUUAACUGAAGCUCAUUUCCAAAAUCUUACGCGAUUAUCAUUUAUAGAGUUGGGUAUCUCCACUAGAUGGUCAUUGGUUUUAAAUGUCAAACAUGAAUGGGUUCCUCCUUUCAGCUUGAUAUACAUUGUAUUCAAUCGCAUGAAGAUUGGUCCCAAAUUUCCAGCAUGGCUUCAAACUCAAAAUGAGCUCAACUAUCUUAGCCUCGUUGAUGUUGGCAUUUCUGAUACCCUUCCGCAAGGAUUUUGGAAUUCCAGCUCAAGUCUUAGCUAUUUGAGCCUUUCCCAGAACCAAAUUCAAGGACAGGUACCAUACUAUCAAUCUUAUUCUAUUACAUAUUACUUGGAUUUGAGAUUCAACAAUUUCGUGGGGCAGGUCCCACUUUUUCAUAGUAAAUUUAUGAAAGUUUUAUACCUUGAAGAAAAUAUGUUUUCUGGAGUUGUCCCUGAAAACAUAGGUGAACUAUUGCCCAAUUUACUUCACUUGGUCCUCUCUUCAAAUUUCAUUACCGGUAGAAUUCCACCUUCUAUUGGAAUACUUAAGAGCUUGGAAAUUCUUGCUUUGAGAAAUAAUAGCUUGUCUGGGGAACUCCCUCCUCAUUGGGAUGAUAUGCAGUCAUUAUACUUUUUGGACAUAUCAGACAACAAUAUAUCCGGUAAACUUCCAAGUUCAAUGCGAUUUUUGAGUUCACUACAGUGGUUAUCAUUGGGACAAAAUCACCUUGAGGGGGAGCUCCCUUCUUUCUUGAGAGAAUGCACAAAAUUGGUAAGCCUUGAUCUUGGAGGGAACAAAUUCUUUGGAAACAUACCAGUAUGGAUAGGAGAAAGCUUAUCAAAUCUAUCAAGGUUAAGCCUAAGAUCCAACUUGUUUGAUGAAGUCAUACCUCAACAAUUAUGUCUUCUUUCAAGCCUUCACAUCCUUGAUCUUGCACAUAAUGAUUUGUCAGGAGGAAUCCCUCAAUGUUUAGGGAACUUGAGUAAAAAUGGUUCAAGUAAAUUUGUUAAUUUCUUGGAACAAAUUGCAAUAUUUUAUAAAGGAAGAGACUAUCUAUAUAGAAACACAAUUUAUCUUGUCCAUUCUUUAGACCUUUCAGGAAAUAAUCUAUCAGGGGAAAUACCUGAUAGUAUAACAGACCUUUUAAAACUCAAUAUCCUAAAUCUCUCAAUGAAUCACCUGACAGGAAAAAUUCCCAAAAACAUAGGGAACUUAAAAAGUUUGGAAUCAUUUGAUCUCUCUAAAAACCAACUUUUUGGUCCCAUUCCUGAAAGCCUGUCUUCUUUGACUUUCUUGAGUCACUUGAAUUUGUCAUUCAACAACUUGUCUGGGAAAAUUCCAUCUGGGAAUCAACUUCAAACCUUAACUGAUCCUUCCAUCUAUCAGGGCAACCCUUUGCUUUGUGGACUUCCGCUUUCCAACAAGUGUCUAGGGGAUGAAACUGAUCCUAGAAAAACUCCAAAUGGCAGCGGCAAUGGAGAAGAUAACAAUGAUGGAAUGGAAUUUGGGUCGCUAUCAUUCUACAUUAGCAUGGUAGCUGGCUAUAUUGUUGGAUUUUGGGGAGUUUGUGGCACACUAAUUGUCAAAACAUCAUGGAGACAAGCUUACUUUCGAGGCUUUGAUAAUUUGAAAGAUAGGAUUGUUCUUUUCAUUAUGGUUAAAGUUGCUCCUUUGAUAAGGAAGAUUAAGUUCGAGAGAAAUUAA